UACUCCAUUUUUUAGGUGAAACUAUUGUAGGUACUUCCCACAUCUAAAUUUAAAUAAAUUUUAAAAUCCAGACAUUGCAAUUAUCUAGACAGUUACUUGCAUUUCUAAAUUGAGUCUGAGAUGGGUUGUUUUCUCCGAUUGUCCUCAGCUGGCAAAAAGCACCAAAUACGUCUCACAUUGCAAGUCAUCCCAUAUUCCACAAGAAAGUGUACUGCACUGCAUCUUAAAAAAACUGUAAAAGAUUAUCAUUGCCAUCAUUUAACUUCAGUGAGACCAUUGAAAAGCACUUAAGGCUACCCAUUAAUUACCACCAUUUUAUUUAUAUGGUUCUGAAUAUGUGGAUGAAUUACUUCAGCCUGCAUUAUUAAUACUAUAAUAAUGAAGGAACACUGUGAACCAGACAGUGCAAUGUAUCAUAAGGACACGUCAUUAUUCUUUGAAAAUACAUACGUGCACACAUGUAAAUUCCCACACGAGUUCUUAUACUCAAAUCCCAGUUUGGCUGCCGCUUUGUCAAUGUUUCUGAACAAAGCAAUGCUGUUGCUGCCUCCUUGCCUGCAGAAGCAUUUUCAGUGUGACCUGCUGAAACUUUUUGGUUAUAGGUUACGCCUCUCAGGAACUGUUUUCAAGAGGGUGGUUUGGGAUUUUAGUGCCUAGUUUCUUCUGAAACUCUCUGCGGGCACCAGAAAUGUCAUAUAAAUUUGCCUAUAAAGCACAGGUAAAUUCUGAAGCAAAAUAUGUAAGCUAAACAAAAAAAUCAUUAACUGGUUUCUAUUCUUCCCUUAAAGCUUAUUAUUUUUCUCAUUGGUGCUUGUCCUAAUUAAAGGGAGAGGACCUUCUUCCUUAACCAAGCCAAAGAGACCAAGAAAAUGACUUGGCAGCCUGAAUCCCACCUGUGAAUUGGCAGAACAUAGGACAUGGACAGUGCUCCCCUCAGCUCCCAAAGGAAAUCUGUCAGGCAGGCACUUUCACAGCAUGCUUUCUAACAUGCACAGGCAGGCUUGACAUCCAUGCAAAAGAGAACUCAAAAUGCACCUAGAGGGGCCACAGAACAUCAGCCUUUAGGCUGCUAAUUUAGCAAUGAAAACACAUGAACAGGACCAGAGAGACCAGGGUUCAGUCUCCUCCUCCUCCAAACUUCACAAGAAGCAACCUUCAGACGGAAAACAGAAGAACACUUCACUUUCUGCCUACAUUUUCCUGGCCAGUAGAUUACAAAAUCCUAAUCUUCUUCUGAUCCAAUAAGUAUCAAAAUCCUCUCUGUGGGGAAACUAAGUGCAACUGGUAGAACGGGAAAGCUGGAAAACACAGUUUCUUUGCACCACAGUCACAUCACAUUACUAAUAAUAACUGAGAUUUUGGAAGAAAGAGAUGAGUGAGUUUUUAGUAGAUCAGGUGGAGAAGGGGGCUGAAAUCAAUCUCUACCUUCUGCCAUGGUUGCUUUAUUUCAAUAAAAAGAAAACAAGAGAAUAAAACUUGUUUGCUGUGUAUGGGAGGAUAGGAAGGCGUAAUAUGUCUUCCAAUAACCAUGUUUAAAACAAAAAAGACAAAUCAUUCUCAGUUCUUAAAAAAAAAUAUCAAUUUUUCUCAUAAGUGAGAUUACUGGUAGUGAGUUCAAGCUGACAGAGCCCUGCAAUAUGACAAGGAAAACCAUAGCUAAGGUUUAGUCAUGCAUCCUAUUUGUCUCAGAUGUCAGAUGUAAGCAUCUCUUUGCCUCAGAGGCCAGCUGGCUGGCACCUCAGGUAGUGCUGUUUCAGAUUGCAUUCAGUCCUAACUCUUCUCAGGAAUCAAAUAAAGAGCCUAAAUGUCUACCCCAGGACUCUGGGUUCCUCUGCAAACGCAAGUACUUAAAAGUCUGAUGUGCCGCUCAAGCUCUUAAUUGGAUUCAACCCUAUAAUUUCUUCCAUAAUGGGAUGACCCAGCAGGAUCACUUACAGCAGAGCACGAAAGCAAGUGCCAAAGAAGUGAAAAUGCAGAAGUGCAAAGUUGUAGUAUUGAUUGCUUAAAUUACCUCAUUCAACAGCCUAAGGCUGACUAUGAAUAUUUCAGUAUUGUACACCAUUUCAGUUUCACAUCUAAUGUGUUUCUGGAGUAAACAAGUGAUGCUUGGGAAAGCCUUCCUUCCUUAUAAACAAAAUAAGACAAGGGUUUCCGAAGAAAACUCAGAAGCAGUCAAUCAGAGAUUUUAAAACAAACUGAGGCAUAAUGGAAGACUCAUUAAACAUAUCUUCAAAAUAAUUCUGUAAUAGCCUAAUGGGUUUAUUUCACUGAUUUUUUUUUCAAAAUACAAUGCCACUAGUAUAAAAAAAAUAGUUGAAAAUCCUGUCAUACUGAAAGAAAAUUAAGGUUCAAAAUGUCAAUGAUUACACAGCACGGGGAUUUUGUUGUGCUACUGCGCUGUCCAAACACCUAAACACUUAACAACAAGCUCCAGAAAAGCUGUGGCAAAGUGCUGCUGGAUGUUUCAGCAUGUUCCUCUAUUGCUUUUAAUUUUGUGCAAUGGUGCCACAUUGUUUGAGAACCAGUUACUGGCAAAGACCUCUUUCACAGAUGGUGAGUGGGGAUGACACAAGCAGGUGUCUGCCCUAGCAGAGAACUGGAGGAACAAGGUCUUGCCUAGAGAACCAGCAAGGCACGUAUAACAUGACAUCCAUAUGUAUAACAGCUGAGAGAGUGUCUCUGCCAUCCAAGCAGGUACCAUGGGUGCUAAAACUACUGUUUGAGAUAAAACUUAUUAUUAGCAACCCUCUAUGUAAGGGGAGGGAAGAGGCUGUGCAGACAGACACUAUUAUAUCAUACAAUCAAGUCCGCACAUGCUGGAGACAGAGAUCUGUAAUGGGAAGACAAUUUUCCCCAUAGACUUUCUGGCUGAAUUUUGUUUUCUGUUCUUGGUAAAAAUGUUUAUAUUACAGACAGUUGACUUCUCAGUACUUAAACAGAAGUAUUUGCAUAGUCAGAUCAGCCUAGGUUAUGCCACAUAUAAAACUACUGGAUAGCAUGACCAUAAAAAAAUUGCAAUCCAGAUGAAAUCAUAGAGAGUAAAAUGUUCUAAAUUUUUCAGGCCUCUACUUAAGGCUUGAUUUGUGACCAAUGCCCAGAGCCCAGACUAUAUAUCUGAAUAUCCAGAAACCAGUUCUGGAAAUGCUUAAUUGAAAAAUUUCUAUCUCUCUCAGCCCACAGAAUGGGACUGACCAUACUUACAAAAAAAUCUUAAAACUUGUAAUCACAAGUAUACUAUAUAAAUGCCAGCUAGCUUGACACUGUGUGAAGUGAAUAGCAGAUUAUACAUUACCAAAAAAACCCAAAACCCAAAAAACCCACCUUUCCAAAGGAAACCAACACUAUCAGGAAAAGACAUAUGCCCGCUUCUUGCCACCUACAGGUGAAACACUAAAAUCCUCGUAGUUCAGCAGAUAAUUAUGUGUCAGACUCCAGUUUGGAGAGCAAAUUGCCCCAGAAAUGACAUUAAAUACAAACAGCACAGGGAUUCCAAAUGUUGUGCCACUUAUGGAAUAUUUUAUGGGUUUAUUUUAAAGUGGAAGCAUUUUAAAUUUUAAAUACUUCAUUUUUUUAUUAUCAGUCCAGUUGCCAAGUCUUUCUUUAUUUGUUCUUUUAGGGAGAACAGCUGAAAGAUCUCCUUUUUCCCUUUUUCUUUUGUGUCCUAGUCUCAUGACAUGUUCCUGCUAAUUACUGUUGAUUAGCAAACAGCUUGGCAAUUAAUCCUGGCAAGUUAGUCAUUAGUUUGAUAGCACUGCAUGUCAUCCAAAAGGUAGGGGGAAUUUAUUGUUAGUUUCAGACAAUUAGCAAGGGGCUGGCAGAGCUCACAACUGCCUAAAAGCUCAGUGUUCCAGAACUGCUGAGAUAAAUUACUGAAUCAAUUAAAUCACAUCAGUGGAUGUCUGCAAGCAUAUUUAAAGCUAGCAAACAAGCUACUGAGAAUUAGUGGGAGGAGAAAGACUAGCAGGAGGUUUUUUUGGUGUUGUGUUUGGUGGUGUUUUUCUUAAGCUGUUGGAGCUUGUUCUGUUCUGCCACUAACAUUAGUUAAAUAUAGCUAAAAGCUGGUGUUGACUUAAAGCAAAAUAAUCUGGUAAAGAGUAAGAACUAAAAUGGCUUUCCUUCCAAAGUGGUUAACUUUUCUGAAAGGCAAAGAAGUUGUUAUUGCUAAUGCUAUAAUUGCAAUACUGACAAUUGGUGGGCAGCAGCUUUUCUCUUUUUUCACGUUCAGCUGUCCCUGUCACGUUGGACAGAACCUUAUUUAUGGGCUGGCUUUCCUAGGAGUUCCUGCACUGAUCCUUCUGAUUGUUGGCUAUGCCCUGAAUAACCAGACUUGGAGGCUGGUUACAGGCAAAAGAUCUCAUUUUGAGAAGGUGACUAUAUCAAACCGGUUCCUGAAAUGCAAAUUGAUCUGCUUUGUCCUGUGUAGCAUCACUGGGAGAGCACUGGUUGCUCCAGUAACAUGGCUAGCAGUCACCCUGAUAAAUGGCUCAUAUUACGUCUGUGCUGUGAGUGAGUAUGUCCCCACAUAUUAUUAUGGAGCUAAUCCUAAUGUUACUGCUAGUGAACACAGAAGGAUACUGGCUACAUUUCCAUGCAGUCAGUUAGUUCCACCAGAGAUGACCCGGGCAAGAGAUGAAGUGAUUCUCCUACUCCGAUACCAGUCACAAGUGGCUGGCUGGCUUCUGAUUGCUGUGGUAGUCAUCACUGUCUUCCUGUCUUACUGCCUGGCAAGCUGUUUCUCCCCGCUCAGCUUUCUACAUCUCAGAUACUGGAGCAGCUAUGUCCACAAUGAGCAGGAGCUCUUUGAUGAGGCAACGGAGCAGCACUCCAGGCUCUACGCCAUGCAGCAUGUAAGGAAGUUUUUUGGCUUUGUCCCAGGAAGUGAAAAUGUAAAGGAAAUUCGCAUCCCAUCUCUCAAAGAGUGGCAAGCCAUUUCUGGACUGGCCUUUCUAAAACAAGUGGAUGAGGAGCACUAUGAUUACAGUCUCCUCCAUGACUGGGCACUCAAGGAACGUGCAAAUGGAAAAUACUUGAAGACUGAUGAAGACCCUUUGAUCAAAACACAGCUCUGAGGAUCCAAGCCACCACACCACCUUGCAGAAAUGCAGGAUCCUGUCUAGCUCUGUAUCAGACCUCAGCUGCUCUGGAACUUUCCAAUGCAUUAUUACGUUGAUAUAUAAAGUAUGUGAGCAAGUACAUCUUGUUAAUGUAGUCCUUCAGCACACACUUACAGAUGCCUUUACUGAUGGCAUCUGACUCCUAUGGGAUGUGAUCUAUGUCUAGAUUAGGGUGGGCUGUUUCAAGCUGCAGCUCUCUGCUUUCUAAUAGUUAUGCUAAAAGGAUAAAUAUGUACUGGGAAAGUUAUUUGCAGAUGCUUUUUUAAAAAUUUUUUUUCUUCCCAUUAAAAAGAUUUUUAAUAGCUUUGACUGGAUCCUCUGAGUUAGUCCAUUCUGUAUAGAGCAAAAGCAGCGAUUCAGCUUUUUUCUUAGUGAGCCCUAGCAGAAAUUACUCAUGUCUCCUCUUCCACUUUUUUUUGUAUUGUAUGAAUAAACUACACUGAGCUAACUAACUACAAGCUAAGUCUGUGGCUACAGAAGCACAGAAGAAACAUAGGGGAAAUCUUAUUGUCAAAGGCUGAGUCUAGAUACAAUGAUGAGAGAACUUUCAAUUCUGGUAAGGAGAGAAAAUUCCCACUGAGGCAGAGGAUGGAGGUGUCUAACAUGGAGCAGCAAACACUUGACAUUUGGUAAACUGAGUUGAAAGGUGUUCUGGCUGAAAGCAGUAGCAAGAUCAGUCUCAUUUUUAGAAACACUUCAAAAUCUCUAAGGUGUUUAUGUGCUUGCCCACUGUACAAAUAGCAAAUCAGGAUAGGGAAAAAAUCUCCCUUUGUGCAGUAAGGUUUGCUUCGCCUGCAAAGAUCUUGUAAUUUAGACAUACCACUGGGCCCAUGAAUGUUAUUGUGAUUAAAAAUUACUGAAUUUAGUGAAAGAAGGAUUAAUGAUGUUUUUGUGUUAAUUCAGUGUGGUAUGAUGUGAUGUUACUCGUCUCCUCUCUAACUCCUUGUGCAAAUGUUUCUAACUCUAAAAGGGGUUGGGGGGAAAUGCAUACCAUAAUUUUUCUUAAUGCUUCCUGUAUUGCCUUGUAAUGUACAUAUACACAUGUUGUAUGCUCCAAAGCUAUAUGCUAAACUAUGGGAUGCUAUCUGUUAUAAAUAAAUGACCCCUGGUGGUUGAGGAGGAGAAAUAUAAUUAUUUGGUAUGUUUUACUAGAAAAUGUAAGAGCCAGAAGUAAGUUAAAUUGCAGAUCUUGGUAAAUAUGUAUGGUCUUGGAGAUUUAAAUUUGUAAACAAAAGCAAGCAUUUUAGCAAAUACAAACAAUGUAUUUGUUGAAUAACUGGAAACUAGGCAUAUUUUACAUCACUUUACACCAUUCAUUUGAACCCUAAGCUUUUGCAUAGGUAGUGGGUUGACCCUGACUGGACAACAGGUGCCCAC